GGCCAGUCGUGCGGCUAAUCGUGAAGAGCGCUGGUGUUUGUGCUCAGAGAGCAGAUGAAAGCGAGAAAACACCAUUAGCCUCAACUCACAGCUCUCAAGGCUGAUUGGAAUUCUUCCUGAUGAUUCCGCGAGCAUCUCUGAAUUACUGCAGGCACACAAACACACAAACACAUCCAUUCUGCAGUCACCCAGAGUGAGUCAGGCCAUUUGACGCAGGCAGUGAUAAAGCCUGAAGUCCUUGUCAAGCUUCUAAUUGAGCCAUGUUCCAGACAUCAGUCGCCACCAAUCAGAUGCUGUCUUCUUUAUUUGUUUGUUCGUUUUGAUGCGCUAAGCAAGCUAGAACCCUGACUUUAUAAGAAAGCUUAUGUUUAUCCUUCUGACGUGAGAAAAACAAAUGUCUCAUGACACAUGACUGAUGUUUAAGGACACUAGACAACGCACAACCAUAAAAGCAAAUGAAAUGAGUCACAUUACAUAAGUGUUAGCUGGAUUGAGGAGCAGACACGGGAGUGGAGGGUUAAUACAGGACAGAUGGUCUAAAUAAAAUUUUCUACUGUAUGAGAAGUUAUCUACAAUUCCCGACUUUGGCUACCAAUUGGUUGCCGCUCUCUCCCUGGUGAAGUGGUCUUCACUUUCCUUACAUAGAACCUUACAAAUAGCCAGUCAACAAGUGUCAUAGCUUCCGUAAACUGAUGGUAUGCAGCAAAUAAAUAAAUAAAUAAAACAUGGAGUUUGUGAUGAAUCGGAGCAAAUAACCCUUUAUAUUUUUUAGAAGAGUCAGAAUAUACAAAAAGAAAGUAUAACCCUAAUCCCUAUCACUGCACUCUAGAAUAAAGGUACCAUCUAUGUCUUCACUUUGUCCUUGAAGAAGAAAGCAAAAAACCCUUAACUCUCUAAAGAUCCAAUUUUUUUUUCCACUGUUGGCUUGUGUAAAUUCUUUUGGUGUCUUCAAAAGUCAGAAGAAUUUACAUAAGCCAACUUUUGUAAAUUCUGACUUGUAAGAAUUCAGACAGCCUGUGGCAGAUCUACAAGGUGACAAGAAGUGAUAUUCCUGGGGAAAAAGAUUUGUAUCAAAAGCCCUGACGGAGGUAUUUGUCAUAGAAAAGUAUAAAGCUGAUGAUGACUGUGUAUACCAGUAAAAUUUACUCCAUGUAUAAUCAAUUUCUUUGAAAAGUUACGAAUGGUAAGCUUGGCAUUAGGGACGCAGUUAGCUCUCGUUAUACUCUUCCAUUGGUAUGAAAUCAACCGAACUCCAAUCACAUCACACUCACUUGUUUGAAUUCUUAUGAAUUUUACAUGAGACGAACAGAGCAUGGGUGUGUUUGUGUUAUAAAAUCAUCAGUUAUAAAAGCCCCAAUCGCUUAUGAUCAGUAUUUGUCUUAAAGUCAGACUGACUCACGACGGGAACCCGGCGUCUGGCGAAACAAGACACGUUGUGCAACAGGGCUGCAGGUGCGCAAGCCACUCAUGGUGAGACUGUCUUUUGAGACGGCAGGCAUAGAGGUUUAAAACUGCAGGCUCUGUCUCGACCAUCCACCAAAUAAUGAGCGAGAGAGAGAGAGAAAGACAAGGAAUGAGCAAGGGGGAAGAGCAGAAAGCCGGCACAGGCUGCUUUGGGACUGUGGCCCACUUUAUGCAGGGGAGCACUGUAUCAUAUUAUAUGAGACAGAUGGGAGCUUGGCAAGAAUACUAAGCAGUGUUUUCCCCAUUUAUGGCCAGACUGAGUUCGCCAGCAGUGGCUGGGGUACAACUUCAGGCUCGAAUGCAUUGAUCCAACCUGGUGAAGAAAGGACGAGCGCUUUCUACCUCAUGCAACGUCUUAGUAUGAGUGGAAAAGGACCGAGCGUGUAUGUGGUAGAAGGUGACGUGGCAUUCACAAAGGACUGUCCUUCAAUAGAAAUGAAUUGGAGGGAUUUUUUUGUUGUUGUUGUGGUUGCUUUCAGGACAUGUCCUCUGGCCUUGCAGAGCAUACACGCACACACACACACACACACACACACACACACACACACAAAUAGAUACAGACAUAAGACACACUCACACAGCAGUUAUUGCGGUAACUAGAUUUGUUGGAAACACACAAUAUGUGUUCGCUCACACAGUGGAGGAAGUGAGAUGAAAAUGAUUUUUGAGGAAGAUCACUAUCACUGAACGCAACAUAAGGGACGUUUCAGCCAAACCCCCGGAACGCAGGAGGAGAGCUUCAGACACCGCUACCCCACCCUCACUCAGCUAAUCUCAGAUGGAGGUGGAUGCAGCUGAGAAGCGCCAUCGAACACGUUCCAAAGGUGUGAGAGUUGCCGUGGAGACUGCAGCGCAGGAGCUGUUCAGCUGUCCCACACCAGGGUGUGACGGGAGUGGACACGUGAGGGGCAAAUAUGCCAGGCACAGGAGUGUUUAUGGAUGCCCUUUGGCUAAGAAGAGGAAAGGCCAGGAGAAACCUCCGCAGGAGCCGGCUACCAAACGCAGACCGUUUUUAAGCAUGGCUGACGGCGAACCGGUGAUAUACGACAACUACGAAGCUAUGGAAGAAAGCGAGGAGCGAGAACAGGAAGAGUUAGACGAAGACGUGGAGGAAGAGGAGGAGGAAGGAGAAGAGGGAGACGACGAAGAAGAGGAGUGCUCUGAGGACAACGACGAGGUUGGCGAGGAGGAAGAUGAGGAAGACGAGGAGGAGGAAGACGAAGGAGAGGUCGACAGGGAGGAGGGAGACGAAGUAGAACAGAUGGAGGAAGAGGUGGAGGAAGAUGAGGAGGUGGUGGAACAGGACGGAGAUGAUGAACAAGAGGAGGAGGGAGAACAGGAGGAGGAAGAUGAAGAUGAGCAUGAAGAAGAGGAGGAAUAUGAAGUUCAGGCUCAUCACCAAGAGAACACUUACUCCAGUUGCGGACAAUCAAAGCCCAGCCAGAUGUUUGAAAAAGACAACAACAACAAUAACAACACAAACAAUGAAGAAUACGAGAACUACGAUGAGCUUGUAGCCAAGUCCCUGUUGAACCUGGGCAAAAUAGCAGAGGAUGCCGCAUACCAGGCCAUGACGGAGUCCGAGAUGAACAGCAGCUCGUCCAACAGUGCCGGUGAAGACGAAGAUGAGGAUGAGGAGGAUGGUCUCGAGCACGGAGGACGGAAGGCCGAGUUAAGUGUGGACCUGGACAGCGACGUGGUGCGGGAGACGGUGGACUCGCUGAAGCUGCUGGCACAGGGUCACGGAGCUGUGCUGCCAGACGAUGGCUACCCGGAGUCUGCUCCUGGCCCAGAACACCACAAUGGCCACCCUGAAGAGAACGAAGAGGGCGUGUGCCUUAGCAGUCUGGAAUGUCUGAGGAACCAGUGCUUCGAUCUGGCACGCAAGCUAAGCGAAACACAUCCACCCGAGCAAGCGAUGCUGCAGCACCAGGCUGAGCAGCAGCACCUACAUAACCAGAUGCACCACCACCUGGCUCGCUAUGAGAGUUGCCAGCAGGCCUCGAUGGAGCCUCAGAGACCAAUGGAGAGGAGCUACUCAGACAUGGUGAACCUGAUGAAGCUUGAAGAGCAGCUCAGCCCAGCAUCCAGGGGUUACCCCUCCAGCUGUGCCCAAGAAGGGGAUGAAGACACAACAUCUGUGGCAUCAGAGCAUUCAGACGAGGCCUUCGACAUCACCAAGGGCAACCUGUCACUGCUGGAGAAGGCCAUCGCUUUGGAGUCAGAGCGUGCCAAGGUCAUGCGUGAUAGGAUGGCAUCAGAGCAAGCAGUGGUUCGGAGGGACCAUCAGCGGCUUCAUGGGGAGCACAGCCCCAGGCAGAGUAGUGGAGCUGAGGAGCGUAAAGCCCGACUACAUCACGAUGGGGCAAGAAGAGCUUAUUACCCUAAAGAUCCUUCAAGAGGUGAGAAAAAAGAGAGCAAGUGCCCCACCCCAGGGUGUGACGGCACAGGCCACGUCACGGGCCUAUACCCGCACCACAGAAGUCUGUCCGGCUGCCCUCACAAAGACCGCGUCCCACCAGAAAUUCUUGCAAUGCAUGAGAAUGUUCUAAAGUGCCCGACGCCUGGCUGCUCGGGACGCGGCCACGUUAAUAGCAACAGGAACUCGCACCGCAGUCUCUCAGGAUGUCCUAUAGCAGCUGCUGAAAAGAUCGCUAAGGUUCAAGAGAAGCACCAGUCGAGUGACGGAACAAAGUCCAAUCAGGCAUCUGACCGCGUGCUGAGGCCUAUGUGCUUUGUGAAACAGUUGGAGAUCCCACAGUACGGUUACAAAAAUAACGUCUCCACCAGCACGCCCCGCUCCAAUCUAGCCAAGGAGCUGGAGAAGUACUCCAAGACCAGCUUUGACUACGGAGGCGGCUACGACGGCCAGCCUCACGCCUACAGCAAGCGUUCGCUCACACAGAAGAACCACGGACGAGACACUUCACCAAGAGGAUACGAGGACUCAUUUGCUCUCAGCAUUCAUCAUGGAACAUCAGACCAUCCAAUAAGCGAGUCUUCCAAGCGGUACUGUAAGACCUCGAGUCCAGCCAGCAGUACAACGAGCAGCUACGCUCCCAGCAGCAGCGGCAGUAGCCUGAGUUGUGGGGGAGGAAGAGGAGGGAGAGGAGGAGGAGGAGGAGGAGGAGGAGGAGGAAGCAGCGCCAGCAGCACCUGCAGCAAGAGCAGCUUUGACUACACGCACGACAUGGAGGCCGCUCACAUGGCCGCCACGGCCAUCCUCAACCUGUCCACGCGCUGCCGAGAGAUGCCCCAGAGCCUGAGCGCCAAAGGCCCCGAGCUCCUCGCACAGAGUCCAGAGGAGCAGGAGGUGGAGGAGAGCGGGACUCUGGACCUGAGCGUAGGUCGAGCAGGGGGCAUGGGCGAGGGCACAGUGCUCACGCCGCUGCAGCCCAUGUCCCCUCAGCGGCAAGCACUGCUCAACAGCCGCUGCUACCAGAUGAGCCCAGACUGCUGGGACUUGCCAGUGGACUACAACAAGAUUAAGAGCCUGGACGAGGACCAUAAAGAGGAUGAGCUGGACCCUUUCCAGGAGUUGCUGGAGAAUCAGCAGUAUCCGGGUGAGGUGUCCCUCCCCAGCCCCAAACAUAAAUAUGCUCCCUGCAAAGAAAGCAAGAAAGAACUCCUCACACUCUCUAGUUGCCAGUUAGCUGAUAAAGGCAUGCGUAGUAUGAUGACAACAAACUCACAGGAUUUAAAGUGUCCUACUCCAGGUUGUGAUGGCUCCGGGCAUAUUACAGGCAACUAUGCCUCACAUAGGAGUCUGUCAGGUUGUCCCAGAGCGAAGAAGAGUGGAAUUAAAAUCAUUCAUAGCAAGGAGGACAAGGAUGAUCAGGAGCCAAUUAAGUGUCCUGUGCCGGGGUGUGAUGGUCAGGGUCAUGUGACUGGGAAGUACGCAUCUCACCGCAGUGCAUCCGGCUGCCCACUAGCCGCCAAGCGCCAAAAGGAUGGUUUUGUGAACGGUGCUCCAUUUCCAUGGAAGUCUGGAAAAAACGAUGGAAUGACAUGCCCAACACCUGGGUGUGAUGGCUCGGGCCAUGUCAGUGGCAGCUUUCUCACCCACCGGAGUCUUUCUGGUUGCCCUCGAGCUACUUCAGCCAUGAAGAAAGCACGGAUGACUGGUGUCGAAAUGCUUACAAUCAAGCAGCGUGCAAGCAAAGGAAUAGAGAAUGAUGAGGAAAUCAAACAGCUGGAUGAAGAAAUUAAAGAUCUUAAUGAAUCGAACAAUCAGGUGGAGUCAGAUAUGAUUAAACUUAGGACACAAAUCACUACUAUGGAGACCAACCUGAAGUCCAUGGAGGAGGAGAACAAGGCCAUUGAGCAGCAGAAUGACUCACUGCUGCAUGAGCUGGCUAACCUCAGCCAGUCGCUCAUCAACAGUCUGGCCAACAUCCAGCUCCCUCAUAUGAAACCGGUGCCACUGAAAGAGGCCCCUGUUAAAAAUUACUGCUGUUUACAGAUGCCCCACAGAGAGCCGAUGAACGAGCAAAAUUUUGACAGUUACGUGAGCACUUUGACAGAUAUGUAUACGCAUCAGGACCAGUACCAGAGCCCUGAGAACAAAGCCCUGCUGGAGAACAUCAAACAAGCUGUGCAGGGCAUCCAAGUGUAGCUCCCUGAGCCACUGCCUCGUUUUUUAAAGGGCUUGCAUUAAGCAAGCACUGAUACACAAAAAGAAAGAAAACGGAAGCAAGGAGAAAAAAAAAAUGUAAAAUGUAUGGAUAUUGAUUAUGAUUUUUGCUGCUGUAAUUAACUGUAUUAUCUUUCAUUAUUUAUGAUUCUGUUAUGCUUUUGAGGGGGAAAAAAUACAUGAAUUAUUUGUUGCCUUGCUUUAACGAUGAUUACCAAUGGCAAAUGUUUUGAGGAACAUUCAUGUUUUGUACAUUUUUCAUAUGACCUGACAUAAUGUGAUGUACUGUUUAUAGCUGCUAAUGUAUGCACAUUUUAGUGUAUAUGUAUUUAUUAAUUGUAAACAAAAAAAAAAAACAUUCAUUGUUUUAAAAAGCUUAAUGACAAGAAGGAAAAACAUAGUGCUGAAAAUGUGAUAUGAGGGAAACGUCAAGGGCAAUCAGCUAACAUAAGCUUUUCCUUUUAAAAAUAAGAGGAAUUCAAUGCGUACAGUGUAGGUUGUUCAAUGUAUGUUAAACCGCUAUUUUUUUUUUUUUAUAUGAAAGAAUUUCAUAGAGGUACGUCAGUGUACAGAAAGCAUUUUGCAGCGGUCAGUGUGGGCACUCUAAUGAAGUACACGUGUUGGUCUUUGAGCUUUUAUUUCUUUCAUUUUCAAAACGUAAAAAGGAUCACAAUGGAUAGACAAAAAAAUGUACAUUUUUGUGAAACAUCAUGACACGGAAACCCACUGGUGCAAAUCCCAAGAUUGUGAGAGAAAUAUUUCAUAACUUCAACCAUCCAUAUUGUAUAUUCUCCAAAUGUGAUUCCCAUUUGGUUAACUCCAAUCACUAUGGAAAAUAUUAAGGAGACAAUCCAGCAUAAAUUAUGAAUUUAUGACCAUAAAAAAAAAAAUAUGAGUAGAUAGUUAAAAUAGCAUAUCAGCAAUAUAUGACAAUGAAUCAAUCAUUUAUUUAGAUAUGGGAUGCAAACGUUCGGGUAUAUGCAAUUUCUUAUUGUAAACAUCGCAGAAAGCUGAUUAAUCUUUUUACUAAAUGUAAAGUAUUGAGUUUUAUAUAAAUCUUUUACUACAAUCAUGUUUUAGGGUUUAAACAUGAGUGAUCGAAUCCAGAUGGAUGAACGCAUAUGCAUUAUAAUUUUACAUUUCUCAUGUUCUGUUUUGCACAGGGACACCUUUGUUUCCAUGUUUUGAUGUUAUACAUACAUACAUACAUACACAUACACAUACACAAACACACACACACACACACACACACACACACACACACACACAU